GUUGCGUAAAUAAAGUGAGAAAAUGCUUAGAAUUGAAACAUUUGUGGAAAUUUGCAAUACUUUAGAAGUGCUGUAAUAUUGAGAGAAUUUGAGUCAAUCUUUGCUCAUAUAUUGAGACAAACAUUGAAUUUGUUGAGCAUUUCGUCAGACAUUGGAAUCCAAAGCGAAAACAAACGAAAAACUCAAUUAUCUUUCACUCAACACAUAAACCAUGUCUUUGAGGGAUCUGUUGGACGCACUGUUCGGCCAUUCAGUGAUCAUCGAUGACUCGUUUGACACGCAUUCACACCAUAACCGCAAUCGAGACAACGAUCACCACAACAGCAACGACAACCCCUUCGGCGGACCACUGGAUCCGUUCGGACAACAAAUGGACGAAAUGUCUUCGUUUAUGACACAAAUGUUGAGUCGUUUCGCAGUCGUCGGCAAUGAAUCCAAUGAAUGGCAAACUAUUGGUAACGAUUCCAAGAGUGCCAGAGAUCUGGUCAUGAAGUCGAGUCCAGACACGGCUCGAGUGGACACAGAUUUGGAUCAAAGUGUGUCUCGAAAUGGUUUGGAUGUGAUCUCAUCGGAGAGACCGCAAUACGAGUCACGAGAUGUGAUCCAAACGCCUCUUCAGCCCAACUCUUUCAGAAGAAUCUAUUUUUAUAGUUCUGUUAAUAAUAACGGACGAAUCGAAGAGCAGAAGAGAUCCGAAGAUGAGUUCGGGAACAGCGAAACGACAAUCACUCGAAGAAUUGGCGAUCAGUUGAUCACUGAAGUGAUCAAAAGGGAUAACAAGAACCAAAUCGUCGAAACUAAUGAAGUGAUCAACAAUUUAGACAAUGGUGUUUUGAAUGAAUUGAAAGACCAGUUCAGACCAACCGAGAGGAAUGAAGUGACGAUUGAGCCGUUGGAGGGCUUCACACCUCCGAACUCCUUCUUCAGACGUCUCUUUGAGUUUCCCUUCAAAUUAUACUAAAUUCUAAUUACAGUUCUUCUCAUUUCAAUAUUUCUUA